AUGCCCGAAAUCCCUAAUCCUCUCCGUCACCAAAGACCCCGCCACCCGCCAAUACACCACCGCACCCCGCCCGUCCCUCUCACCCUCCUCCUCCACCUCGGCGGCGACUCCCUCUGGGUCAACUGCGACCAGCCCUACCUCUCCUCCACCUACCGCCCCGCCCGCUGCGGCUCCGCCCUCUGCUCCCUCGCCGCCUCCACCGCCUGCGGUGACUGCUUCUCCACCCCACGCCCCACCCCCGGCUGCAACAACAACACCUGUGGGAUCUUCCCUUACAACCCCAUCACCUCCACCUCCACAUCCGGCGAGCUCGCCACCGACGUUAUCUCCCUCAACUCCACCGACGGCUCCAACCCGGGUCCCUCCGUCUCCGUGCCCCGCUUCCUCUUCGCCUGCGCCCCCAGCUUCCUGACCCGCGGCCUGGCCCCACCAUCUGCCGGCGUGGCAGGACUCGGGAUUUUCCGGCCACGGCUUGUAAUUGCAAGAACCGAGGUUGCACGGAAGGAAGAAAGCUUGGGCCGGUGA